AUGAAGAAACCCUCAGGUCAUUUAAAGCGUGGACGGCUAUGUCAGGAGGGCAUCGAUGAGGCUCAGGAACUUGGACAGAAAACAGCAGAAGAAGCUCGGGUGAUUGGCGCCAAGUAUGGCAAGUCGCGCGCUAUUCUCAUUGAGGCUGGUCUGUCCAUCAAGCAUUCACGAUCAGAGUCUGAUUGGAAUGCCCACCAACGCUGGUCAUGGAUAAAUACACCCCGCAAGGACAAAGAAUGUCACAUCAUCGACUGGAAAGAACGUCAACGCAAACAUUAUCAUGCGAUGGGCAAGGAUGACGAAGAGUGGGACAUCAUUCGCAACUAUAACGUUACUGGCGGCAAUACCAAUCAAUCACGCGCCAAGACCAUUUUGUCAAUGAGGGAGGAUAUUGCAAGAAAGUUGUCUGCUUAUUCUCGCCUUGAAGGAGCAUCCGGCUUUGUCGCGGGCUCCGACCUCAUAGUCAAGUUGAUCAAUGAGCAUCAACUGGAUGCUCGCGCAAUAUUAGAUUGGGUCGUGACUGCAACGAAAGCGAAAGGCUACAAUAUAUCCGUGCCGCAGUUCAUGGGGGGAGUAGGGGCUUACGAGAUUCUACUUUCAAAGCCAAACGAGGCUCCCCGCGACCGUUACAGGAGGAUAUGGCCAAUUAUGGUACUCGAGCACACUUCGAAGUUUGGGUAUCAACCCAAAGCAGUCCAGUGGCGGAAGCUUCUUGACUAUGCUUUCCAGUACAAGUUCAUGAUUAAGAACUGGCCUGAAGACGUCCUUCCUAUCGGUCCCGAAUUCAAUCCUCACAACCUAAGUUCUCAGCACCUCAAGCUACUUGUCGUUCCUUUCAUCAAGCGCAAAGCGCAUUCUUAUUAUGAGGCAGAGCUCCGCACUGAAGCUGAGAGCUUGUUAGAGCUAGAGAAAAAGAAGUCGAAGGGCAAGCGCCGAGGUCAGGGGCGCACUGUGGAAGACGUCAUGAGUGAAUUAGAUGUCGAUGUACCCGAGAUCGAGUUCGCAGCUUGGCCAGAUGAAUGUAUCAAGCAGCUCAAUGACGAGGUGCCGGAGAUGUUCGACAUUCCCUUGGUGACCAGUGCCUUGGAUGUUGUGCUACGCAAGCUAGUAGACUCCGCCAAAUUUAAGGGUCUGUCCCUGAAGAUAUAUUGGCAGCUCAUGAAGCACAUCCGGAUGGUCAGACUCCCUCUACUCACGACACGCUGCCAAGUGAUCAUGAAUCUCCUGUCACUCCGAGCCCCCCGACCUUGCCAUCAAACCAACGUCACCCUACCAAUUUCACAGCAGUACAUCCGCGAGGACACUCAUCUUCCUCAAGUCCCAAAUGUGUUUGAUCGUGAAUCUCGCCCUGUUCUGCCUACAAGCAGAGAUGAACCUGUCGGUGGUGGAAGACGACAGGCUAGCCUGCCGUUCAAGGCGAAGAAACCUUUACGGGUUGACCCUACAUUCAUGCGCCGCAUGGAGGAGCGUCCCGCUGACUCUCGCUUGCCCUACCCAGGCCCUCGUCGUGAGGACAGAGAUUUCGUUGCCCCAAACCGCCGCCGUGAAUAUUCUCGUUCACCUCCUGUAUACCCUCAGCGAGAUCCAUCUCGCUCAAGGUACUAUCGGCCCACCUACAGGCAACGCGAGACUUCUCCUGUCGCGCUUAGCGAUGAUGGUUCUUAUCCUGGACGUCCUGCUCACUCACGCCGGCAAAAUCAUGCUGAUGAUUUCAAUCAGAGGUUCCAAGUAAGGAGAGCUGGUGACUCUCAUUAUGAAGACGGGCCUUCGCGGUUUCGCUACUAA